AUGCCCAAGAGAACGGCUGAAGGGACUCUAAGGGACAUCAAAGCCAAGGUGAAGGAUGAACCUCAGAGGAGAUCAGCAAGCUUAUCUGCUAAGCCUGCUUCUCCAAAGCCAAAGCCUAAGCCAAAAAAGGCCCCUUCCAAGAAGGGAGAGGAGGUACCCAAAGGGAGCCAGGGGAAGGCUGCUGCUGGCGAGAUUGGGAACUGCCCCGCAGAAAAUGGAGACGCCGACCCAGACCAGGCACAGAAAGCUGAAGGUGCUGGAGACGCAACUGAAGUGUGUGUAUUUUUGAGGACUGUGGACUUCUGGUGA